ACACCGAGCCCAUAUAGCAGUUCGUGUUUAAAUAUGCUACAUAUCGGCAAGGUCAAUAACAUAUAACGAAAGGAGAAAAUAUACAAAUGAAAAUUAAGUCUCGACUUGUGGCGCCUUUUGCCUCAUAAAACAUCUAUGAAAAUAACAAUAAAACUUUCAUUCGCAGUCGUAAUCGCCCAUUUAACUGUUACGUUCACACGAUUCGGGAAAACGGUUUUCAUCAAAUACAUUGUUCAAAUUAUCCUUGGUAUAUUUGGCUUUGGGUUGUUACGAGAUGCAUGGUUAACUACGGCUUGCGAUACUGAACAAUGUGACCAGGGGGAAAUUGAAGUUAAAAGCGAAAAAAGCGAAAAUGGGAACUUUUGUGUUACUGCAUUUUGGAAGAUCUUCAUGCUGACUUGUGUAGCAGAGAUGGGCGAUCGCUCACAAGUAACAACGUUUCUUUUGUCCACCUGCAAAGACAACGCUAGUUUACUCAUUGGCGCCGCGUGUGGCUACUUAAUCUCGACUUUGCUUGCCGUUUACGGUGCUAGUGAGCUUACAAAACGAUUACCUACGAAAGCAGCGACCCUGCUUGGUGGAAUCAUCCUGUUAUCGACAUCAAUAUCAAAUCUCAUAACGUUGGAGAAAUAUUAAUCUUACAUGUAAGCCGGCGGUUUUAUCAUAGUAUACUAAAGCGUAAUAUGGUUCUGUUCUGUGUGCUUGGGGUCACGAGGACUCCAGAUUGACGGUAUUUGACCCCUUACCCCAAACACCCAGGGAUUUCUGAAGCCAGUUUACGACGCGGUCCGGUCAAGCAGGCUGGCCAUAUUAAACUAAACAAUGUUUGUUUACUUUCAUAUUUUAAUACAUAUUGUCCCUCGCAUGUGUUUUUAUAUGCAAAUUAUUAAGUCAGCUGUACGUUAAAUCACAAAUAAAUAAAUACUCCCCAACUUUGCACU